UAUCCUCGAUUUUUAAGUAACACGAUCCAUGUUAAAUUCACAUGAAACAGUUGUACACACGAAACAACAACAAUUUUUCCAUUUUAACAUGAUAUUUUUAACAGGAAAAAAGUGUUAAGAGUAACAUGAAGUAUUUUUGGUUAAUUUACCAAGAUAUAGUGUUAAAUUUACAUGUGAAUAGUGUUAAAAAUAUAUGGCAACGUGAUUCCUGUUUGUUGCAACCUGAGUUAUUGUAAAAUUUACAUGAGGGUUUUUUUAAAUAAUGUUGAUUCAAACACAUAAAGUGUUAAAUUUACAUUUAGUUGAUGUUAAAAAGGUCUGGCAACAUGAUUUCUGUUUGUUUUGACAUGAGCUAUUGUGAAUUUUACAGGGUAUGUGGUUAGAGAACAUAAAAGUACCGUAAUAUUUUAUUUGCGUGCGCGUUCUUCGUCAUUCGGUUGCAUUUUUAUUUGGUGUAUUAUUUGUGAAAGAUUAUUAAAAAAAGCUAUUUAAAUAUUAAGAAGAAUGGGUACAGAAAAUGUCUUUGGGGAAUCGGCGGGCAUAUAUUUCGUUGUUGAUGGUGAUUUAACCAUGGGGAAUGAAGUUGAGACUUCACUGCAGCAAAGCCAAGCCACUGAAGCUUCACGUGAAAAAGAAAAUUUGAAAGACGUCGUAUGUGGUAAAAUGAACUUCAGUGAAGAAGUUUAUCAAAGAAUUCUCGGUAAGUUCUUUGAGAAUCUGCGAGGAACCAUAUGCAUAUUUAUGUUAUUGACAGAUUGCGGAAUGGAUGUAGAAAGUCUGUAUUUCAUCAACGAUGGGGACAUAAAUGAACUUUUCCCUGCAUCAAUGCUCGGAACGAGAGUAAAGUUUAAAGAAAGAGUUGCACGUUGGCGACAGAAUGAAGCUGAUACCAUUUCGUCAAUAGGAUCAUGCAAGAGUUGGAUAAAUUCUAGCCAAGAGUCUCACGACUCGAUAAGAGACAUGGAAGCAAAGAAUUUAAAGUUAAUACUUAAUGCCACUGAAAGAGGUCAAAGCAUCUUUAAACAAUAUAGAGAAAAGACCGUGCUGUCAGAUGUUAGUCGUGACAUUUUGGUAAAUACCAUUGUUGACCACUUCUCAGCGCGAUCAGUGCCUAUGACAAUGAAAGAUAUCAUCACCUUUUCUGAGCAAAUAACUAUUUUAUUUCCCAACGAAGACAUGGUAUGUAUGCAUUUUCAUAUUCACUUGCUAUCAAAAUUUGUAAAUACAUAUGUAAAGGAGGAUCAAGUUUCAAGCGGAUAAAAAAUAGCACUGAUUUUUAAUAAUUUUUUAGCUGACAGAUUUUUGCCCUUUUUUCCUUAUAAGCAUGAAUUUCUUACGAAAUAAAAAGUGGAAGAAAGUUCGAAACUCUGAUUUAUAUGGUUUUGGCUAAAGCUUGGAUACAAUUUUUAUAGAAAAAUAACAGAAUAAAUUUAGCUUGAAAAACG